AUGAGCUCCGGACCUUGGUCAGAUGUCAUACUUGAGCGUUUGAAGAUCAGGGAUGAAAUAGAAAAGAAAGACUCGGAGUAUUACUUUGCAUUUCAACAACUAGUGGGUAAGCUACUUCUCGAGCAACUGCAACAGAGACAGCAAGCCGAUGAUGAUGAGCAUCAACAAUCCCCAUUCAGUUCCAAAUCACCGUCCCCAUCCACAGUAUUGGGCAUUGAAAACGAGAAGGUGAAACAUAAAAGUAACAAAUCAGAACCCCUACAGACAACUGAUAACGCCGCAGCUGUUGCAAAGGACAAUCAUCUACUACGAGCUGAAAAUGAAGAGUUGAUAUCCAACCUUAAUUCAAUUACUUUGAAAAACGAGAAAUUAGAAGCUAUCAUCAAGGAGAAGGAUAAGAAGAUUAUCAAGUUGGAAAAAUUGGCAUCCAAGUUGCAAAAAGGCAUUGAUAACUUGAAUUUGGAAAUGAAGGAAAAGAACAAGACUAUAGAGCUCAUAAAUGACGAAAACUUGACCAACCAAAUACAAUUGAAUGUGUUGCGCGACAAGAUUGAGAAAAGGUAG